CAGCUGACCCGUCCAAUAUCCAAAUUCCUGAACCCACUUGCGAGAUCAGGGGGAUACAGUAUGGCAGUCGCACUCAGCUUCACUCAGACCAAACUCAACAUGCCUGUAACUAGACAAAGCACUAUAUCAACCUUCUUUUCACCCAAAUCCAGAGACCCUAACCCAAGUGCGGCUUAUUCUGGGUUGUCCAGUUCCAUGCACACAGAGGCACACGCCAGGGCCAAACGGAAACAUGAUGUGACUUUGGAGCCAUUUACAGAGUCAACCAGUCAAAUAUCUGAGGAGCACUGUGAUGAAGAUUUUGAAAGAUUGUCAGCCAAGGACCAAAAAGAACAGUCUUUUCUCCAUUUAAUAUGUGGAACUGAGCCAGAGGAAGAAGAACCGUCUGAAAAAAGGAGACAUGUUGUCCAUUAUACAGAAAAUGUGUUAGAGACACAAGAAUAUUGGAAUAAAGAAGCUUCAAAUGAAUAUCCAAAUCAGACAAUUCCUGAAACUGAGACUUUCUUUCAUGAGGAGUCCCCGGAGCACUAUGAUCUGAUGGUCUGGAAGCCCUCUGAAGAUGCACAUAAGCAUUUCCUGAAGUCUCCAGGUCCUAAACACACGGACAAACAUGAUUUAAGAGAUCAGAAGGCCUCAGUUAAGGGGUCUAUCUUAACUUCUAGGCCUGCCAAUGAAAACCACAAAAGAUGGAGUGCUUCUGUGAAUACUAAUAAAAAUCAGGAGCAGUCUUGGCACAAAAAUAAGGCAUCACCCAUGAAACGGAUGGGGAAAGAGAAUAGCUGGCCUGCAUCACCUAUUAAAAAUGCUCCAACAUCGCCUUUUAAACACCAUCUCAUUUCCAGUCCAGCUAAGUGCAGGUUAAAGGAGAAAUACACUUUUCCCCCCAAAAAAUCAGGUAAGGAACUUGUAAACACAGAGACGGUUGGAGAAACUUUUGCUACGCUGUUUACUCAGGACUCAGAGGGCUUCUGUGUGAUUGCUCAUCGUGACCAGCACUUAAGGAGCCCACUAAGAGACCAGAGCAAUUUAUCUGUGGGCAAAGAUUACGGGAAUAGUCCAUCUGCCACUUCUUUAGGAAAAGAGGAGGAGGAAUCAGAUCUAGAGCCAGAGAUGCUUUUCACCCAAGACUCUGAGGGAAACAUGGUCAUCAAGCAUUAGCCAGAAACCGAUGCGAAAUACCACAAGAACGCAGAAUUUUAAGUGUUUUUUUUAAUUGAUUUUCUUUCUUAAAAUUUUGAAGCGCUUGAUUUUGUUAAAGUUGUAAUUAAAAUAUUUGAAAAUUUAAAUGAACAUUCAAUUCAAAAAUAAACAUUUGUACAAGUACAAAUAAACCCCAAAAAUGAUUUGUUGUGUAAUAUUUGAUAAAGAUUCACUGCUUGCCAGCAGAUGGCACCAUGAAGCUUUUACUGUCAAUGUUUGGUGUAUUCCUUAAGCUGUGCUUGUAGAAUCUGUAUAUUUUAAAGUAGGACAUGACGUGUCACAUUAAACAAGUUGAGUACAUUUGAGUUUAAAAGCUCUAUCAUUUGAAAUUAAUUUACGUUUUGUAUUGCUUUAAAUUACCAUCAUGGAGCAAGGUGAAUACUUCACAUUCUGUUCUCAUUUGCCAAGUUGAUGAUCCACCAUUGCUGCUCUGUUUAAAUUUGCUGUCAGGGACAGUUUCAUUAAAGAGCCAUGUGCUGACAAAUUCACUCAUUUUUCAUGCAUUUAUAAUAAAUGCCAUGGACUCCCAAAUGUAAUGAUCUCCUUAAGGGACCCCUUCCUAAAAUAUAAAGGCAGUUUCAUGUAUA